AUGGGCAAUUACGUUUCUUGCACUCUUUCAACUCCUCUGAUCAAGAAUUCCAAGGCUGCCAGAGUUGUUCUUCCCACCGGAGAAGUUAGGCAAUUCCGCCAUCACCCUGUCAAUGCUGCAGAGCUCAUGUUAGAGUGUCCCAACUUCUUCUUAGUAAACUCACAAUCUCUUCACAUCGGCAGGAGAUUCUCUGCUCUUUCGGCUGAUGAGGAGGUUGAAUUUGGAAAUGUUUACAUCAUGUUCCCAAUGAAGAGACUCAAUUCUGUUGUCACUGCAGCUGAUAUGGCUGCCCUUUUCAUGGCUGCAAAUUCUGCUGCUAAGCGUAUAUCCGGUGGGAAUAACGCUAAUAAGGGAAGAGUCUUGCCAGAGAGCAGCGGCGAUGUUAAGGCGGAAGAGAGUUGUAUGCAUGGCAGUGAAGAUGGAGGAUCGAGAUUGAGUGGCUCUGAGGAGGAGAUUGAAGGGUUUCCAAUGCUAGAAUUCAGGCACAGAUUAUCCAUGUGUAGGUCAAGGAAACCAAUGUUGGAGACUAUAAAAGAGGAAUCAGUUUGUUCAAGAUGA